CGUACCUAGUCUCAACUUUGAACAAACGGGAAUAAAUAUAAAUAGUAAAUACGAUUUAUUUAUUAAAAUUUAUAGAAAAAAUUGUACAUACUAAUAUUGAUUCCUAUUUAAGUGAAGCCUUUUUAAAAAUCAAAUAUGUUUUGUUGUUUCAAAAACUGUAUGAACGGUUUUUCACUGACCCAAAGUGUGCCGAUACGCGUAAAGAGUAAUCCUGUACAGUUAGAUACUUUACAUAUGGGACAUGAAGUAGUGAUUGUGAAAGGAGGUCAACGAGUCUGUGGGUCUGGUUGCGCCCUGGGUAAUGCCCCGCUUGUACAAAACAAAGCAUACUUUGAGGUGAAACUGCAACAGGGAGGAGUUUGGGCUGUAGGUCUGGCCACUAGAGAGACAGACUUGAAUAGAGUACAUGGUGGAGUAGACAAAGAUUCAUGGUGCCUCAACAGCGACAGUACGGUGCGACACGACAAUGUAGAAUUAUAUCACCUCAAACCUGCACCACAGGAUUCACCAACCACAGAAAUUCUUGUCACUACAGCUAACUCCAACGAUGACAAUCAAACAGAGAAUGAGAAACAAGACAGUGAGAAAGGAUGUGAGAAGGCAGCAGUUAUGCCAGGAGAGGGGGAUGUUAUUGGAGUAGCAUACGACCAUGUGGAGCUUAACUUUUUCCUCAAUGGCAAGAAUAUGGAGAUACCUGUUAGAAAUGUGAGAGGUGCACUAUAUCCUGCACUUUAUGUUGACGAUGGUGCAAUACUGGACAUCAUAUUAGACAACUUUAGAUAUCCACCACCAAGCGGCUACGAAAAGAUAAUGGUGGAACAGUCUCUACUUUAACGGAAGAAAAUUUAAUGGAGUUGCUUGCGUUAACUAUAACCUUUAAGGCUCCAACAUACAAUACAAUUCUUACUAAUACCACAGUGUCAUACAGCAUCUAAGGAAGCCAUCUUGAUUGAGCAAUUGUUUGGAAAUUGCGGGGUGUUGUGGUGCAGAGCAACAAAAGGACCCUAAUAUGGGGACCAGUAAGCGUUUAGGUUUGGUUUGGCUUUGGCUGUGUCUAGUUACCACCUUACCGAGAAAGACGUUCGCUAAGCGAUUUAGGUUUUAAUAUAAUUAUUAUAUUAAAACCUAAAUCGCUUAUCUUAUUAGGGUCCUUUUGUUGCUUUGCACAACAACCCUCAAUUUCCAAACGAUUGCUCUAUCAAGAUGUUGAGAUUGUAGUCAAGGGUUAACUUCUAGUGGGUUAAAAAAAAAAAAGGUCGCGAAGCUGUGUAGACGAUGUCGGCAUUUGCCACAAAGUCGUCUGACGACUAUAUCUCUUGUUUAUACCGUGGUCAUACAGAUGUAUGACACUGUUUAAACAAAGCAAUCUAGUCAGUCGCGCUAAGUCUGUGGUAAGGGCUCGAUAUUAUAAACGUGAAAGUUUGUUUGUCCGUCAAUCGAGUAGCAACAAAGCAAUGGAUUAUCGUAACUCUUUUGUAAUAUCAAAGCUUCCAUACAUCCAUGCGUACAUAAAUUUUCUCCUUAG